AUGGGGAGUUGUUUCUCUUCCACAGAACACGGAUCAGCUUUCGAAGAUAAUCGAAAAAGAAGGCAGUCAUCGAUGGGUGUGGGGAUGGGUGUCGCUAUAAUGAUGCAAAACGCGGGUGCUUUCGUCGGUGCUCCUGCUCCCGAUCUUGCCUCCUUACAUGCUCAGAUCAGGAAAGCAAAAGCAGAGGGUCGUACUGUUACAAUGGUCAAUGGCACGCUAUAUUUUGAUUAUCAGAUGGUUGCAAGAAUUCCACCGCAUUUCGACCUCAACGUAUGAAAUGAUCCUUCACUUAUUGACGGCUUUGUACAUUUUUCUUGCUAUUAUGACUGUGAUAGAGGCAGAUUCGUUCUGGUGUAUAAUAUAACAUCAGCAGAACAAGCUAGAUUUGGCAUUGUUGACACC